CAGUACUCAACAAAGGAGCCUGAGGUACUUGAAUACGACAAAACAGGUUUCUUUGGCAGCAAUGAGCUAUGGGUAGAUGAAAUGACCGAAAACAUCCCGUCUACACCAAAGAAAAGCUCUUCAGAUGCUUUCUGGCAGGUUCCUUCCAACCCUGUGACCCCUAGGACGCCUGGCCAUCGCGUUUUACAACAAGCUAAAGGAGUGAAUACAAAAGAGCGUUCGGCAAAACGGAGACGUGGACGUUUGGAACUUCAACAACAUUUCCUUAAUGAGGUUGAUGACAAUGCAGCUUCUGAUGCUUUAUUAGAGACACCUCGAUUUCGGUCGCGUGUUCCCCGGUCACCUUCGUUUAACGUGUCUUCGCCAUCAAAGGAGAAAAUAUUAAAUCAUAGAUUCAAUGAGGAAACUGAUGGAAAGGUGUUUGAUUUGCUUUCGUCGCCGUCAGCGGAUCGUAUUAACCUAGCUUCCUUUCAACCAAGCUCUUCGAUUUCAGAAGGUGAAACCGACGAAAGCCGAAAGUUACGUGGUUUGGAAGCCCUUGAAGAAGAAGAAGAACAUGACAAUGACUCUUUUUCUAUGAAGGAAGAAAUCGAUCAUGGCCCCGGGUUUGACGAGUACUUUGACAAGUUUUCGCAGAGAAAGACAUCGAGUAAUACGUUAUCCCAGCUUCCUCUGGUUGACAAUCAGUUGUAUUUGGAAACUAUCCAGAAAACAGUUCUGGAAAACGAUCGCUUCACUCAAACUUUAGUUCAUUUUCAAUCUCGGAACUUUCAGCAAUGGUAUUGCGAGGCUAUGUUUGGGUACAAUUUAUUGUUUUAUGGGUUUGGAUCAAAAGAACACUUUCUUUCUACUUUCAUUGAACAAAAAUUUCAUGGGUUUCCGGUCUUUGUCAUUAAAGGUUACUUUCCACAUUUACAAUUGAAAUCCGUACUAUCCGCUUUUCUUGAGUUUUUAGAAGUUGUUCCCUCGACUGCCUCUGUUCCCGAUAUGUUGCAGCAGGCCCUUGCCGUAUUAGACUCUAAUGAAAGAGCCUUUGAUAAAGUAAUAAUUAUGGUCCACAACAUAGACGGCGAGGACUUGGUGGAUGAGCGAUUUCAGUCAGCGUUAGCAAAUAUCGCGGCUUCUCCUAAUGUUUACUUUUUUGCCUCUGUCGAUCAUGUCAACUUCCCUUUGCUAUGGGAUUCUUCACUUGAAUCAUUGUUCAACUUCGUUAUGCAUGAUGCCACUACGUUUGCUCGUUAUUUCAAUGAAACCACAUAUGAGAAUUCUCUUGGUAUUGGACGUGCAAACGUUUCCAAUAAAGAGAAGGCUAUUAAGCAUGUUUUGUAUUCUCUGCCUGCUAAUUCCAGAGAAAUCUUCAAGCUUCUACUUAUCCAUCAACUGGAACGUCUUGUUGAUUUUGGUGACUCUACUGCUGUACGGCCUAGCGAAAAGGUCGGGAUUGAGUAUAAAGUGUUUUACCAAAAAUGCAGUUCUGAGUUUCUGUGUAGUAAUGAGCUCAACUUCCGUUCACAGCUCACAGAAUUCUUCGAUCAUCAUAUCAUUGAAAUGAAGAGAGAUUUCACAAAUUCAGAAAUUUUAUGGAUUCCUCAUCCGGCCGAUUUAUUGGAGAAUUUGUUACAGGACAUGAUGGAAGAUAUUUAGAAUAAGAAACCUAUAGAGUCGCCAAAAUGCGUAGUCUCCCCUUAAUGAUCAUUCAUCGUUAUAUAUUUAUUUUCGUUCAUUUACGGGCAGGAAAAAAGCAUUUGAAUAACAAAAUGUAGGAUCAUAUCAUUAUAAAAGAUUAUAUAAAAUAGAGUAGUAGUAUUUGCU